AUGGCGACGAAAGUUUACGUAAUAUUCUAUUCCAUGUACGGCCACGUGGCUGCAUUAGCCGAGGAGAUCAAGAAGGGAGCAGAGUCCGUGGAAGGGGUCGAAGUCUCCAUCUUUCAGGUUCCCGAGACUCUAUCCGACGACGUUCUCGCAAAGAUGCACGCUCCGCCGAAGCCGGACAUUCCUUCAAUUGACGUGCACAACCUCCCGGAAGCCGACUGCUUCCUCUUCGGCUUCCCCACCCGCUACGGCAUGAUGUCUGCUCAAAUGAAGGCCUUUUUUGACGCGACCGGCAGCUUGUGGAGAACGCAAGCGCUGGCCGGCAAGCCUGCCGGUUUCUUCUUCAGCACGGGCUCGCAAGGGGGCGGCCAGGAGACCACUGCGUGA